AUGGUCACUGGUAUCGAGGCUGCAGGCCUCGCUCUCGCGAUUCUACCGCUCUUUGUGAACCAGAUCGAUGCAUACGUCCGGGGCAUAGAGAAAAUCAAGGGUCUGAGGCGCUAUCGACGGGAGUUCAAAGGCUAUGCAGUAGGCCUCCGCACACAGCAUGCGAUUCUAUUGAACACGCUGGAACAAGCCUUGGAAGGGGUCGUGGAUGAUGAGGACCAAGUUUCUGAGCUCAUAUGCAAUCCACAGGGCGAUGGAUGGAAGGACCCGGACUUGCAAAAGCGAUUACGCUGGAAGCUGGACCGAAAUUACGAGGUAUUCAUGGCCAAUAUGGCAGGUCUCUCUGAGUUGCUGGAACAACUAUCCCAUAAGCUGGACGUUGGCGCAACUGAUAUAAAGACACCCGUCAACGAAGCCUGGAAUAUAUGGAAAUUUCGAAAGAUCCUCAGCAAAGCAGUCUAUGACGAUAUCCUCGUGAAAAUUGACGGAACCAAUACGAUCCUCAAGACUCUGGUCGACCAGUCAUUUCACUUAGAAGAUACCAAGAAGACGCGACAGAGCUGGAGCUAUCUUCUGAAACGGUAUCAAAAGGCGCGCAGGCAUGCUGAGGGUCUGUUUAAAACAAUCAUUGGAGGAAGCUACUGGCGCUGCCAGUGCAAGACACACCAUUGCGUGCACCUCCAGCUGCGAACAAACUCCUUACAGAGUACCGAAGAAUACCCGGACAAAGACUUCGACAUGGCAUCCCAAUUCCGAAUGAUCUUUUCUAACACGAAGGAGACGGAUCUAACGUGCCUAUGGACUUGGACAGAAGUGGUGUUUGAGCCUUGGCAGGUCGAAGAGAUAGUAACAGUUGAGAGUCGUUCCCGGAAUGACGAUUCCAGGCCCUAUCGCCAGAAGAAGCCCAAGGUCCAGUUUGAUAUCCCUCCCGUGGAGGAGGUACAGUCAUCGGAAAAACGCCGAGAGGCUCUGUCUGCUCCACCAAUCCAAGACUUUUGUUCGUCUCUUUGCAUCGCCGAAUCAUACGCUGGGCGGCGGGAAAGCCUAGAUACUUCCAAAACGCAUUCCCAAAAACCUCUCCGCGAGGCACUGCCACAUAUCAGUCGACGGGACCGCCUUCAUAUUGCUACUGCUCUAGCAUGUGGUAUGAUUCAAUUUUGCGGUAAUUGGUUGAAAUCCUGGUGGGAUAUCUCCGAUGUCUACCUGGCCGCUACAAGCGACGAUGGUGUCAAUGUCCUACUGGAUAAUCUAUACCUAUCAUGGCCUAUUUCCACCACGAGCACAAUACCAGGGCCUGCCAGUGAUACCAAGUAUUCCAACCUCGGGGAUAAUCGUCUAUUGCCACUAGGGCUUGCGCUGGUGGAGCUGUCUCUUGGAAAGUCUCUCCACACAUUGUUGGAUACGGAAGAUGGGAAUCAGGAUACACUAGUGGCCAAAUUCAAGACCGCGUCAUGGCUUGUCAAAAUGGUGUACAUGGAGAGUGGGACGAAUUAUGCCGAUGUGGUUAAUAGCUGUUUGUCUUGGUCUGCUCUAUGUCUUGAGAAAAGGUUCGAGGAGCGUGUUUUCGACACUAUCGUUUCUCCAUUGUUGAAAGACUUGGGCAAUUUCGAGGGCCUAGCAUAA